AUGGUCUUUGUCAUGCUGAUGGAUCUGCCAGCUGCAGUGUUUCUGGUCAGCUUGAUCUUCGGGCAGCAUCUGACAUGUGAGCGAUGGUGUCCAAGCCUUUGGGUGGACAAGCUGUGCGUGGAUCAGACCAGCGACACCACAAAGCAAAGGGGUAUCGCGGGUCUGCCCACCGUGGUGGCCUGCACGGGCACUUUGCUCGUGCUCUGGGAUGCCACCUACUUCGAACGUUUAUGGUGUAACUUGGAGCUUUCUGUCUUUGUGAAAUGCUGUGGGGUGAAGAGGCUGCGCUUCGUACCCUUGUGGCUAACACCCUGGCUGCUGGGCACCAUGUGCAUCACAUAUUUGGAAGCGCGGCUUCAAUCACUUGCGCUCAUCUACGACCCAAGCCUUGGAACAGACAGCAUCGUGGAAAGCGACACCUCAGAGCUUCAAACGUCCGCCUGGGGUUGGCAGCAUGUGCUGACCUUCCUUGCAGAGACUCAGGUCUUCACGGUUUCGUAUCUACCCGUGAUCAUCUUCAGCAUUGUGACCUUUCAUCAGAAGUUGGACGGACACAAGCUCAUGUUAGAGCACCUGAAGACCUACGACAUCCGCGAAGCAAAGUGCUCCGUAGAGAGCGAUCGCCCUUUGAUCGAAGGGCUUGUGGCAGAGCUCUUCGACGGACUCGAGGAUCCGGUCAUCGCGGUACCGUUGGAUGCUGGCGACUUUGUCACUGAAGCUAGCCUGCACCGACUUGGCUUAGCUUUUGCUGUUUUUGUGAACCUGGAAGAAGCAGACCAGCAGCUACCAGAAGCGGGUCUUUCGUCACCGGCGAGACUGGCCAUACGCUCUGUAGCUGGCCUGGGGCAUCAGGAUUGCCUCCAGUUCUUCAACGACUAUGUGCGCGGGCCUGUAAGGGAUGCCAUCAUCAAUGACCUAGGUUCCGAGAGAAAAGCCCCUGAGCUCCCUGAGGUCACGAGGAGCAUCUUUCUUGGACUUUCAUGCCCACCUUUCUGUUCUGCAUCGCCUAUGGUUGGGUUGCCAAGUUCGCCUACAAAAAGGCUCAGUGCUCUCAUUGGGGAAUUAUAG